AGCUGUCAGUUUUAAUUUGUUUACGGUUUGGAUUUUUGUUGAUGAGCUUGUUCAUUUUUGCGCAAGAAGAAGUGAACAAACUUUAAUUAGGAUAUUGCUGACUUAAACAAAAUCCAACAAUAAAUCCAGUAAAUACUUUGUUUUAUAGCUAGUCAAAGGCAGUAGCUGAUGCAUUAUGGAUUCAACCAUAUCGGUUUCCAAAGGCUGUUUUGUUUUUAAAAAUGGUGCCACCCGAGCAGACAAGUCUAAAAAAGCCACAAAACGCAAAAAAGCAUCACCCGGUCAAACCGGCAUUCUGGGAAAGGAGAUAACAGAUCAACCAUUCUACGCGGUUUAUGCCGAAACUUGGAAUAAAAUACAAAGCCACAUAGAUGCCUUACAAAUUGAGAGCAGUGCCAAAACUUUGCAGGAAUUGGUGGACUAUGUUGUAAAGGAGAGUAAAAAUGAAGAAAAAUAUUUGGGACUGGUUGAAAUAGUACCCGCUGCAGCUCUAUUGACGGGCAUUAAUCAACCCGAUCACUUGGAACAAUUUGAUAAUCUCUCGCAUCGUAUCAAUGAACAAAUAUCGGCCAGUAUUUGUCUGCUGCAAUCGCGUGAUUGUUCCACAUUAAAAUCAGCCGUGGAAACUAUGGUUUAUAAUUUCAUUGAAGCUCCCCAUGAAGACGAUGAAGAUCGUGAUCAUAAGAGAUUGAGGAAAUCACAAUGCACUAUGAACCAAUUGAAGACAUGGUAUCGCAACAAUUGGCCGGAUGCAUCCCACAAAAAUCCCCAGUCAAAUGAAGAAGAUAAUGCAAAUAGCAAAGCUCGACACAUGCUUAUUGUUAUAUUGCCGGAUUUUGAAUGUUUCAAUGCAUUCAUAUUGCAAGAUCUUAUUUUGAUACUCAGCUCGAAUUGUACAGAUCUGCCGUUCAUGUUAAUUCUGGGCAUUGCCACAUCCAUUGCAGCGGUACACAAUGCCUUGCCCUAUCAUGUUACAUCAAAAAUUAAAUUGCGCAUUUUUAAAACACAAUCGGCUCCAGUUGGACUGAAUGAGAUCCUUGAAAAGGUCAUAUUAUCCCCCAAAUAUGCCUUUCAUUUGUCGGGCAAGGCCUUUAAGUUUCUAACCCACAUUUUCCUCUACUAUGAUUUUUCCAUAAAUGGUUUUAUACAAGGAUUUAAGUACUGUCUAAUGGAACACUAUUUCCAAGGCAAUGCCUACGCCUUGUGCUGUAACUAUUCCACUUCCUUGACCAAAAUCAAGGCUCUCACCCAUGAUGAUAUGGAGAUGAUACGCAAACAAUUAUCGUUUCGUCCAUAUGUGGAAAGCAUUAAUGACUGCAAACGCAUUAUUGCCAUACUAACCGACGAUGAUUAUCUGAAAAAGAAACUGCCAAGUCUCCUAAAAGAGUGUCAUAUCUAUUUUAUGCUUUAUCGCAUCUUUUUGGAAUUCCUAACCGUUUUGGUUGAGGACUUACCCAAAUGUCCAUUGGGCAAAUUUCGUCGUGAGUUGUAUGCCACAUGUUUGGCCAAAGACGUUUGCUCACAGCCAGAAUAUAAAGAAUGUUGGCAAGUAUUGGCCUUUAUGUCUAAAGAUGAAUUUGUGGCAAAAAUCUCCAAGGCCAUUACCCAAACUCAGGAAUUCUAUGAACAGGAGAUACAUGAAAAGCUGGAAUUGUUCGCAGACUGUGAGGAGAUAGUUAUUACCAAAUUGCAUGAUGUCAAGGAACUGCUUACCAAAGUUGUUAUGGCUGGCAUGGAUGCCGGCAAAUCACAGCAGCAGCAGCAACAGCAAACCACAGUCACAUCUCCGGAAGAGUUAAAACAAGUCUCCUCACGCCAAGAUCUAAAAGAUAAACUUUUGCAAAUGUCUAAGGAACAAAAACCUGUAUCGGAAUUUGCAAAGUCGGUGCAGGAAACAUUGGAUUAUAUUGAAAAAGAAAUUGUUAUGACUCACUUGGGCCCCCUACAAAAGGCUCCGCCAUUGCAUGAGUUGUUUGUAUUUUCCGAUAUAGCCACUGUUAAGCGAAACAUUAUUGGUGCACCGCGUGCUGCCUUGCAUAUGGCCCUUAACAAUCCCCAUUUCUAUUUACAAUGUAAAUGUUGUAAUCUGCGUGAAAAUACCCAAUUACUGCCCUCACUGCCCGACAUAUCGGUGAUGUAUAAACUACACUUGGAAUGUGGCCGUAUGAUAAAUCUUUAUGAUUGGCUACAAGCCUUCCGUUCGGUUGUUGAUUUUACCGAAGAUGAUCAGGAACAAAUUGAUCCGCAGAUACAAGCCCGCUUUACCCGUGCCGUGGCAGAGUUACAGUUUUUGGGCUACAUAAAAAUGUCGAAACGUAAAACGGAUCAUGCAACGCGUCUAACAUGGUAACUUCGCAUUGUCAUUGUUUUUGCCGUCAAUUAAAAAAAAAUAAGUUAUUUUUUGUACUUUUUUUGAUAUUAUUGGAAAAAAAUAUAGAUAUUUUUCUUAAAUAUAUGAAUGAAAAAAGCCUUUAA